AUGCUCCUCAGGCGGAGGAUACUAUCGCUCUCGGCGUCACUCAGAAACUGCAAUCACGGAACCGGCGAUGCUACUUUGUCUUCUCCUUCUCAUUUCUCUACCUACGCGAAGGCUCCAAUAGCCGCCGGAGAUGUCCUCAUCCGCGAGGUGAAAGACUGGUUCAAGCGCGAUGUUCAGCAGAGCGACCAGUUAAUCAACCGUGUCUCUGAAAUCCUCGGAGCUCCGUCUAGCGAUGGAGAUGAUCGAGCUUUUCAUCACCAACUCUCGGGUCUACGCCUCCGCCUCACGGAGAGAUUCGUCCUCGACGUGCUUGACCACACCCACUACGAUAUCCUCUCCUGUCUCAGGUUCUUCGAUUGGGCUGCUCGUCAGCCUGGUUUCCAUCACACACGCGCCACUUUCCACGCCAUCUUCAAGAUCCUUCGCAGCGCCAAGCAUUUCGCUCUUAUGCUCGACUUCUUGAAGCGGAUCGACGGUUUCGAGGGUUACCGACACUCUCUCCGUCUCUGCGAUGCCCUCGUCAUUGGGUAUGCCGUCGCUGGUCGCACCGAUACCGCUCUUCAGCACUUUGGUCACAUGAGAUUUCGAGGUUUGGAUUUGGAUGCUUUUGGGUAUCACGUCCUCUUGAACGCACUUGUCGAGGAGAACUGCUUUGAUACCGUCGAUGUCAUCUUCGACCAGAUCUCCGCGCGUGGCUUCCUCUGCGCUGUUACGCAUUCGAUUAUGGUGAAGAAGUUGUGCAAGCAAGGCCAGCUUGAUAAGGCUGAGGCUCAUCUCCGCUCCUUGCUACCCAGUGAUCCUGCUGGAUGUGGUGCUGGCUUAGGCAUUUUGGUCGAUGCUCUGUGUUCGCAGGAUAUGUUUCAGGAAGCUACUAAAUUGCUAGACGAUAUCAAAGUGGUGGGAACGGUUCCUAUGGACCGUGCUUAUAGCAUUUGGCUUAGAGCUCUGAUUGGAGCUGGGUUCUUGAACAACAUUGAGGGUUUCUUGCAGCAAAUUAGUCCUUUAGAAGGUUGUGAAAUGGAAGUUUUCAGGUAUAACGCUUUGAUCUCCAAGCUUUUGAAAGAAAACAAUCUUGGGAGUGUGUAUGAUAUCCUGACGGAGAUGAUGGUGCGUGGAGUUUUGCCUAAUAAGAAAACGAUGAAUGCAGCUUUGUGCUUCUUUUGCAAAGCUGGAUUUGUAGAUGAAGCCCUCGAGUUAUACCGGUCAAGGUCAGAAAUUGGCUUUGCUCCUACCGCUACCUCGUACAGCUAUCUGAUUCGUACCCUUUGCGCGGACGGACGUGUCGAGCAAGCUUACGAUGUCUUUAAGGGGGCGACGGAGCGAGGGUAUGUUCUUGGUACAAAGACAUUUUGUAUACUUACCAAUGCUUUGUGCUGGAAAGGGAAGGCUGACAUGGCGAAGGAGCUGGUUAUUGUUGCCUCGGAACGGGACUUAUUGCCUAAACCUUUAGGUGGUUGCAAGAUUAUACCAGCUCUUUGCGAUGUUGGGAAAGUGGAGGACGCUCUUAUGAUUAAUGAGCUAUUCAAUAACAGUGGUGUAGCCACCACAUUCGGAAUGUUCGUCAGCUUGAUAUACGGCUCAAUCAGUUUAAUGAGGGGAGACAAAGCUGCUAGACUUAUCAUCAGAAUGCAGGAAAAUGGCUACACCCCGACCCAUAGCCUCUAUCGAAAUGUUAUUCGAUGUAUUUGUGCAAUGGAAGGCGAUGGCAUAAACUUUUUCUUAACUCUGCUAAGGUUUCAGUUGUCUUUUUGGAAACACAGAGUUGGGACCUACAACAUGUUCAUUGAAGGAGCUGGGUUUGCAGGAAACCCAAACCUUGCAAGAUCAGUGUAUAAUAUGAUGGUUGGAGAUGGGCUCAAACCAACACUAGAUUCGAACAUUCUCAUGCUCCAGAGCUAUCUUAAAAAUGAGAAGAUCGCUGAUACUCUUCAGUUUUUCCAGGACCUGCGUGAAAAAGGUGAGGUCGAAAGAAGACUUUACCAUGUAAUGAUUGUUGGGCUCUGCAGAGCAAAUAAGUUGGAUGCUGCUAUGCAUUUCUUUGAAGAAAUGAAGGGCGAAGGAAGACAGCCUAGUAUCGAAUGUUACGAGGUAAUCAUACAGAAACUGUGCAACGGAGAAAGGUAUGAGGAGGCAGUUGGGUUAGUGAAUGAAUAUAGGAAAUGCGGGCGACCUAUUACAUCCUUCAUCGGUAAUGUCCUUUUGUACAAUGCAAUAAAGAGCAAAGGGGUGUAUGAAGCAUGGACACGGAUGAGAGACGUGGAAGAGAAGAUCCCUGAGAUGAAGUCUCUUGGCGAGUUGAUAGGAGUAUUCUCAGGGAGAAUCGAAAUGGCGGGAGAACUGAAGCGGUUAGAUGAAGUUAUAGAGAAAUGCUACCCUCUGGAUAUGUACACGUACAAUAUGCUGUUGAAAAGGGUUGUGAUGAAUCAAGCGGAAGAUGCAUUUGAGUUGGUUGAGAGAAUCUCUGGAAGAGGGUACAAGCCUAAUGAGCGGACUCUCAUUAUCCUUGAUCGGGCUCGACGCAUACUAGAUGGACUGAACUAUCGGUCAAACAGUAGACAGAGACAACUUGAAUGA